UAUUAUGAAAGUAAAACUUUUAUUUUAAAUCAAACAGGUUGGAGUUUUUUUUUUUAACUAACUAAAACGGGCCGCCUGUGGGUGGGUUUUCUACCCGGAAGACGAACUAAAUUGGUCGCUAACAGGUUCCACCAAUUAUCCUGAGAUGAGUAGCGGCGGGACCGGAAGCUUCGUCUUAAUCUGGCGCUCUGGUGUUUACUGGCUCUCAUUUGGAUCCACAUGGCUUGGCCGCAGGUCGAACAGCUGCUGGUUCUGACCCUGCUGCUGGUGUCGGUUCGGGGAUGGGAGCGCAUCAGCAAGAGUGAGCUGCUCAAGUUUUACGAGACUGGCCGGUGGCGCGAACCGGCGGUUAAUGACGAUGACCUCUAUGAUCUUUCCAAUUAUGAAGAUGGACUUUUUGAAGAAGCUGAAAGUGUGGCUACAAGUGAAACGUCUCCCGAGUUAGCAGUUGUAGACUCCAAAAGUUUUUCUGCUGGUGAAACUUCUAGUAAGGAGUCACUUGAGGAAACCAAAGAUGACGACUAUGAUGACUAUGAAGAUGAAGUUCCUGAUGAAGCAGAAGGUCAUGCAACCAGUGAAUUGGUCAACCUCUUGACCAACCACCUAGUCGAAGACAAAUCUGGUGCAAGCCAUCAUCCUGAUGCUGAAAAAAACAACUUUCAUGUGGAGUUUGUGGAGGUCUCUCCAAGGACCUGGAUUGGCUGUGCUGGUCCAAAUUCUGAAGGGAUAUAUGUGGUUUGUAGCCAAGACGGUUUCCAGAUUACUCUCCCGCCAGGCCAACUAAGUCUGAUUCAAGUUGUGGGUUCUAAAAACAUUUCCGUGGAGGAUGCCCCAGAGUCUUGCGGAUUUCACUUGAACCAUCUUAAGAACAUCUUAACUGUAGGCUUCACAGGGUGCAAUGUGAAAGAAGACGUGGAAGAUGUUUACAGUCUCCAGCUCUCCCUUUGUGUUUCCGGUCAGACCAAAGAAUUUGUUGCAUUCUGUGUUGAAAGUACGAAGUUCGACACUGGCCCGUUGCCACGUUUUUUCAGCAGGCGCACAAAGUGUGACAAAAAAAGCACUAUUCCACUUGCGGUCACUGCCAAGCCUUCGAAGUGUGCUCACCGAAUGACUCCAUCCCCAACAUCUACUGACAAACCAGGAACUGCCAAACUUGGAGAGUGGUUUGAUAAACAGUCGAUGACUAAGAUGGACAAACCAGAGCCUGAUUCGCCCGUGGACUCAGAGUGUAAAAGUGGAGCAUCUGAGCUUCAAAAGCCUCACAAGUGUGCUGUUGACAUUGAAGAGCAAAUUCCAUGUGGUAACUCAAGGAUAUCUCCUUCAAGUUGUGAGAAAAGGGGGUGCUGUGUGGAUUUUUCAACAAACCAUUGCUAUUAUCCUCUUGAUGAAUGCACCGUGGAUCGCCACUUUGUCUUUGCUAUUCGCCGUGAUUGUGCACGCAUCCCUUUUGACCCCAGAAAACUUGUGAUUCCCGGGGGGGACCUCUGUAAACCAGCCAUUGUUAAUGCUGAGGUCGCCAUCUUUAAAGUCAAACUCGGAGAUUGUGGAGAUCGUUCUUAUGAAGUUGGUGGCAUGAACGUCCACCUGAUUGAAGUGCAGACCAUCAUCAAUGCACUCAACCUCAAGUAUGGAAUAAUUACAAGGACUGAUCCUCUCAGGUUUAUGAUCGAGUGUCGCUACAGCAAACAUGGCGAUGCUGCUGUUGAGAUGUCAUUAGCCAGCGUCGGCUACAUGGUCAAGACUUCAUCUUCUAAUCUGCCAUCAUCGAUCAUCUCCAGUGGAUUAUACGACGUUGAGUUAAAGAUUGCUAAAAAUGACGCAUAUUCCAGCUACUUUCCCACGUACCACCAGCCCUUGCAGCUGCUCCUUGGUCGUCCUGUGUAUCUUGAGCUAAAUCUGAGAAGUCCUAAACCAGAUGCAGUCAUUCUUGUCAACUACUGCUUGGCUUACCCUCGCUCUGCCAAGAAUGCCUUGGUGUUGAUUCAUGAAGGAUGUGCAAAUCCCAACGAUCCAACUGUGUCCAUCCUUAAAGUCAAUGGCUCUCCCAACAAUCUUCAUCAGAGACGUUUUACAGUGGAGGCUUUCCAGUUUAUGGACCAGAAAACGAACAUGUUCCUAAAUGAAGAAAUUUACUUCAUGUGCUCUGCAGAAGUUUGUAUACCCGCAGAAAAGACUUGCGAAGAGCGAUGCUUUGCUGGAAAAGACCUAUAACUAUUCAAACACAUACUGGAUACGAGUCGGAGUGCAAAAAAAUAAAAAGAAUUUUAUAAUA